UCCUCCUAACCGGCCAUCAACCGACAUCUCUCAUCCCAUCUCAUCUCAUCUCUCCUCUCUCUCUCUCGUCUCCUCUCACUCACUCACAAACAACCUCUUAACCCUCCUCAGUCAUCACCCCAUCUCCUCUUUCCUCUUGAUUCUCGCUCUCCACCACCCCCAUCCUCCCCUAACCAUGAUCACUAGGUCUAUCGCUCGCCGCCCACUCGCAACCGCCCGCGGUCUAAUCGCCGUCUCGGCCCGAUCCCUGCACGCCACCACUCCCAUCCUCGACGAUAAAGACAAGCCAGUCGCCACCGAAGCAGAGAAGGCCGCCACCAAGGGCUUCCUCGGCUCACUCUUCUACGGCUCGGAGCAUGCUCGUGCCGAGGGCGAUAUUCAGCUCUUGGAGAAGAAGCAGCACUCCAAGACCGUAGGCCGCGGAAAGUACGUUCACGAGAAGAUCACCCACGCCGUCAUCCCGGGGCACCGCGAUGCGUACCUUGAAGCCGCCGAGGCUUACUUCACCACCUUGGCCAAGGAAAGCUACAAUCUAGGCAACGUCAAGCUGUGCGGCAGCUGGGAAACCAUCGUUGGUGCUGUGGGCAACUUCACGCACAUUCUGGAGCACGAGGGCUACAAGGGCUACGAUGAGACCCGCCUGCUGGUGUCGAAGAAUGAGACCCUCCAGAAGCACCUCAACGCCAUGCUUCCGCACAUUCAGACGCGUCAGCACCAGCUCAUGUCCGAAUUUGUCUUCCUCCCAAUGUCGCCACCUCGCGACAGUGGGUAUCCCGACGGCGGCGUGUUCGAAAUGCGCACAUACCAGCUGCAGCCCGGCAAGCUGCUCGAGUGGGAAUCGGCAUGGAGACGUGGCGUUGAGGCUCGGUUGCGAUUCGUGCAGCCCGUCGGCGGCUUCUUUGGUCAGGUUGGCCAGCUGCACGAGGUUCACCACAUCUGGCAAUACCCUGACAUGGCAACCCGUCAAAGCGCUCGUGGUAAGGCGUGGACCAUUGGCGGGUGGGCCGAUACGGUCCAGCAGACGUCGCGCCUCACCCAGACGAUGAAGACGACAAUCAUGGUACCGACUUCGUGGAGCCCGCUGCGCUAAAGGGGGCGAUUUCUAUUCCCCGCAUUACAGGCAUUCCCCAGGGCCCCAGGCUGUGUUUUUGUGCGAACGUCGACUUGUGACUUGGUACUACUGAAUGAAUCUAUGGACUACAG